AUGGCUUCUUCAAACACCAAAAUCUCUCUCACAAUUACCCAUAUCGGUACAGCAACUGCUAUCUUAGACAUCAACGGUGUCAAAAUCCUCACAGACCCUUUCUUCUCUCCUGCCGGCACCGAAUGGGAUCUGGGUAUCGUUGUCCUCAAAAAUACGGACACCCCGGCCCUUGGUCUUGAGAAUUUGCCGCCAAUUGAUGCUAUUCUACUCAGCCAUGAAGACCACCCUGACAACUUGGACGAAGUCGGCCGCCGACUGUUGGAUGGCCGCCACGUCCUCACUACUAUGGAUGGCGCAACGAAGCUAGCUCCUCGUCCUGGUGUCCGCGGUCUUCGCCCUUGGGAAACCGUUACAUUGGCUAUCGGAGGAAAGAGGUUUGAGGUGACUGGCACCCCAUGCCAGCAUCUUCCUGGCGGAGAGUGUACUGGCUUUAUCCUGACAACAGAGGAAUUUGGUGUUAGCCCUGACGGCCGUCCCAAUGCCGUUUACAUCUCUGGUGACACGGUCUACAUCGAGGAGCUGACCAAGAUCCCUGAGAAGUGGCAUAUUACUGCUGCUAUCCUUAACUUGGGUAGCGCGCACGCACCGCUUCCUGAUGGUCCCCUGCAGAUCACGAUGGACGGUAAGCAAGGCGCCCGUCUCUUCCGUGAACUCAAGGCAGAUGUCCUCGUUCCUAUGCACUUCGAGUCCUGGGGCCACUUCAAGCAAGCUGGGAAAGAACUCAAGUCGGUUCUGAUUGAGGAGGGGGUCAACGAUAAGGUGCACUGGUUGGUACCCGGAAAAGCCCAGAAGGUUUUGUAA